AUGAGCACCUUGCUCCAGGACGUCUUGCGCUCAAAAACUACAGCAGACUCGAAGCUCAUCGAACGAAAGCUGAACAGCCUCAGCUUUUCCUCUAUACGAGGCGCUAAUAAUAAUCCACCGUCACAAAAUAAUAAUAGUGACGACUCAGACGAUGAGCUAGUGAAUGUGGUAUCUGUGCCUGGUACACCAUCUCGAACUAGACCUCCAUCACCCACUCGAGGCGGAGCUGCUUCUCGACCUCUCAGACGACCUCUGCAUAUAUCAUCAUCCCCAGCGCCCAAGACGGAUCCGCUUAAAGCUCUGCCAACAGAAAUUUCACAGAAGAUCUUCACCAAAUUACCCGUAAAGGAUCUCGCUAAAUGCGCUCUAGUUUCGAAGAAAUGGCAUAGAAGUCAGACUAUAAAUUACGUUUGGUUCCAACAUUAUCGCAAAGAAAAUUUCCACGAUGAAAGUCUACCGCCAGGAAAAUGGACGAAAAGAGAGUCUAAACAAAAUUGGCGCACAACUUACCUCAAAUCAACCUCCGAGCGUUCUCCCACCAAUGGCUCUUUUUCAUCUCGAGGGGGCUCAGGGUAUUCUACACCUUCAUCCAACUUCGCAUCGGGGUAUCAAACUCCUCGUGAGAUUAAAGAGGAGAAAUGGAAACUCGAGAAUGAAGCUACUGCUUCGCCAGGAAAGGUUGAGAUGCGUGCGAUCUAUAAGGAAAUGGGAGGAAGGAAGGCCAGAGGGAAAGCGAAGAUGGGCAGUGCCGGCGCGAGGACCGUGAGGGACAAGGGAGGUUGGGUCGAAGAUGACGGGUGGUAA